AUGUCGAACCGAUACUUUGACCGUGGGGAAGGCAGGAACGAGGGACGGUCAUAUGGAGGCGAAGGCAGGCAGUAUGGCGGCGAAGGUAGACCGUACGGCGGCGAAGGCCGUGGUGGUGAAGGCCGUGGUGGUGAAGGCCGUGGUAGUGAAGGCCGCGGUGGUGAAGGCCGGGGACCAUAUGGGCGGCGAGGCGGGCGGCAAAGCGGUGGCCGGCGGUCUGGGAACGAAAUUGAUGACGCAGCGAACCUGAAAUACAAGUUGGUGAAGUUGGGCGACCAGCCGGACCGGUUGCUGGGAGGAAUUAAGGACGCUGCGGGUGUCGUAGAUUCAUUUCUUUCUCACGACUUCAGAACGUUUCUGAACAGCUUGUUGCAGGACGUACCUUCGGGGCUUGACCUGAGUGGGGAGGCGAUCAGUCAGUAUGUGCACCGCCAGGCGGCGAACAUCUCGGAUGCGACGUUGGCCAACCGGUUGCCGAGUGUCAAGUUGCUGCUGGACGUACUUAUGGACUGCGCAAGUGCUUUGCCGCACAAACAUUCGUACUACGUAGCCAUGUUCUGGUACAUGGUCCAUGACACGCUGGGCGGCUACCCGCCGCCUGCGGCCGAGGCCAAGGCCGACGGUGAAGGCAAGGGAGAUGUAAGUACCCUUCGCCAGGAGAUUAGCGAGGCACUCACCAAACUGGCACACAUGAGGAACGACGGCUCAGGCGGUACAAGUGGUAACGCUAAUGGUGGCCUGGCGCGCGUCAAAGGUGAAGUCAGUCUCAAUGACGAUGAUCCGCAGGUCGUUGCCCUCGUUGACAAGCCGCACGCACCCGUCAAACAUGAGAGCAAGUUCGGCCUCGAAAACCGCGUCGACUACCGUGACCGCAGCGUCUUUUACCUAGUCGUCCUUGCCAUCUGGGUAGACCGUAUGUGGACACAACUCCAACAUCUAGCCGCCUGCAAAAGCGGCCUCCACGAACUCCCUAGGGCCCACGGCCUGCUCCGUGUCCUGGCUGACCUCGCUAAUGUCAACAUGCUCCAUCGCAACCAAGUUGUCGCGCUCUGCAGAAGCCUUAUUACCCACAACCGGCCCCUAACACAGGACAAUUCGGGUCAGGACAAUCUGGGUCAACCGGAGAGUGCCACUCACUCCUCCGGCAGACGAUUUGAAUUGUUUCUCGAGGACCCCGCGAACAAUGUGUGUCUGGACCAACGCGUGGUGGAGGUGGUCCUGGGUGGUACGACCCUGAUGUGGCUGGCCAAUCGCGUGUACGUGGAACACCAGGCCGCUGUGGACGAGUUGGUUGACUACGUAGCGCAAUUUUGCGCCUAUGUCGCACACGACCCGGAACUGAACGUGCGAAAACAGCUGGAAUCCGCCGCAUUCACCUUUAACCCGCACGGGGAGUUAGUGUCUGGUGACAUUGCCGCUACCGACUGUCCUGCUGUAGUAUAUGACCAACUCAUGCUCUUUGCUGAGGCGUUACACUCGUUGCGUCAGCGUCAGUGGACACCCAAGUCGCUUCCCCGCCUGUACGACAGUGCCAAGCUUAAGGAACUGACUAGACGUGUGUUCGACGUUCCGCUCUACCUCGUUGCCCCCGCCACCAUGUCUGGCGAUGCAGCCAUGACCGGUGCGACGGCCGAUUCGGCUCAGAUCGCAUUAAGCAUCGGGAACUGGACAGAAUUCGUUGCACACAAGUUUGAGAGACGUUACCCACGACGGAUGCAGACGGAGUCUUCAUUGGAGGCGUGUACGCAGGUACAACUGUGGAAGGCGCCGCCUUCGGAGUUGACUUGGUGCGUUGAGCACCGACGAAGAUGUCUAUUGGAUUUAUUGAACGCGCAAUACAUGACAGGACAGGUAGAAGUAGAGUUGAUGCAGCCAUGCGACGUGUACAUUCUUAGUGUGUAUGUAGAGCACACACUCGCGCUCUUUUGUCAGGAUCUGGAUCAGUGUGCGGAGACACUAUUAAUAAUUCCAUGCAAGCAUGAUCAGUUUACGUUGACGUUAAUAAAUCAGAUUUUCGAGUGUGUGUUCUCCUCCACCCCGGCGCUAGGUGGUUUGUCGGGGACAUAUGUGCAGGAUGGCGUGUUUGCCGCACAAUUGUUUAAGCGGUUGUGUAUUUUGGAGAAAUCGCUGUUGCCACAUCUUCAUAAGGCGAUUGCCAGUUUGUUGGAAAAGGCUGACGGAUUCAGCGAGUUUACAACGCAGCGCGUGGUGGACUUUCUGGCCAACUGGAUGACGUGUGGGGAGGACUAUGGACACAGCGUGUGCAACUUGUUUGCCGAGGUGCCCGCACUCGCGCCACUUUUCAACAACAGUCGUUUCAACCUGAAGAACGAAGAUGGCGAGGAACGUGUAGGACGCACAGUACUGCGACCGGUCGAGUCGAUGCUGACACCGAUGCAACAGUUCUGCGGUGAUAACGCGGCAUUACGAGUACUGGUACUAACAUUGACGCGGAUGUCGCUAUUAACGGGACACCCCCAGGCCGUGUGCCAAAAACUACCCGGUUUCAUGCGUAAACUGACGCCGGAACACGACCUGGUGGCGUUCAACCCGGCGGAGCGUCUCCUGUUUUGCGCGGUCGACGCAGACGAUGCCGCUCGUUGCCGGAUUCCGAGCGACUUGCCGGGUAUGAAGGCUCUUCGCUUCGACCAGCGUGCGCCGCUGGAAGCCACGCUGCUCCGUGACCUAAUGCGGCUCCAACUGGUCGGUGGACGUCGAGAGGAUGCGGUCAUUGUCGGCGAGUGUGCGGCACUGUUGCGAGACUUGGUGGGGACGGCUUUUAUUCAGAGCUUGCGAGAAUUCUCGCGGAACGAACAAGACGAGCUGCUUUUCGCCCACCUCGCCAAGGCCGAGACUCUCGGCGGCCUGGUUAAGGGCGAGACUGUGCCUCUCGUUAAGAGCGAACUCGGUGGACCCGCCCUCCCUGCUGAGGACGAAGAUAUCAUCCUUAAAAGCUUCCAAAGACACAGCGCACUACUCAGCCAACCGCUCUCCCGCUUCGAUGCGGCCGAAUGGGUCUGGACCAAGAGCUCUGUCAGCAAACUACUGGCCAUGACCAUGGUUACGAUUGGCUGUCGCACCUUAAGCCACUUCCAGAAGACUUUCGAACUCUACACCCCGGUAAUCCGCCUGUGGAAGGAGCAUCUUAUGCGCACCCGACGAGAAGCAGACGAGGCCAUGGCUGAAGGCGGUGGUUCUGCAGAGGGCGCCAUAGGAGACGCCACGGGCGGCAGCGCUGUUGGUGAUGAUGGGACAAGCGACGUGGAGUUGUUUGAGACAUAUCUAUUGGAGGCUGCCUUUGAGUUGUUUGUCGGCGCUAAUAACAUCCGAAGGUUAGAGGCAGUGUAUAAUCAUCUGAUUAAUCGCGACUGUGUGAGUAUUCACACACUCUCUAAGUUCCUGACCACCGGCAAUUUUCUGCACACAUUAGCGGGAGAUUACAUGCUGUGGAAUAUACUUGACCUGUUUGUUAACAAUGUAGCUAGUUCGCCCAGCUAUAACUUGGGCGUCACGGAGAACGUCAUGCGAGAAUACAAGCGGCCGUCUAGACGACGAGACGAUGACUACGUCGACGUCAAAAGCGAGGGACGACGUGAGGAACCGACACCCGAGGCCUUUGCAGAGCCAACGCUUAAACUAAGUCAAGAAGAUCUUUUCCAAGUCAUUUUGACACUGUUGAGCUGUCUCAUAGAACGCAACGAGCCCUUUGCCGCAAAACGAGCAGUGCGAUUGCUCCAAGUGGCGCAAAAACACCUGUCGGAGCCGCUCUUCUCCCAGCUAUCGGACAAAACUCAUGAAGCCUGGGGCUGGGAGAAGAAAAUGUUCGUUUCUGCGUAA